AUGAAUAACAUUACAGGCCAUCGAAGAUACCCAAUUGAGACUUGCAUUUGGGUUCCUCCUAAGAUCAACUCUGCAGGGUUUUUAAAGGAAUUUGAUGAUAAUAAAUAUAAAUGGCUGGAUUAUGCAUCUCCAAGACUUCAGUUGCUGAUAGUUUUAAUUUUUUUCCUCACUCAAGGCUCUCAUUAUUUUCUUAAACGUUUAGGCUUGCCACUCAUGACGUCCCAAAUCAUUGCUGGUGUAUUAUUAUCUGAAUCAGUGCUUCCAAAAAGUUGGUCACAGGUUCUGAUGUCACAAGACAAUGUACAAUUGCUAAGCACCUUAGGGGAGUUUGGCUUCACAUUUUUUGUGUUUCUGAGUGGGGUGAAAAUGGAUUUGAGCAUGGUAACAAGAGUGGGAUCCAAGGCUUGUUAUCUAGCUAUUAUAUCGAUCCUGGUACCGAUGUUAUACGCUAUGUCAAGCAUAUUAAUGUUCAGCAACAAACAGAAAGGAUUAACCAGCAUCUUGUAUCUUUCACCAUUUUUUUAUAUGACAUCCUUUCCAGUUAUUCAUUGCCUGCUUACAGAAUUGAAAAUACUCAACUCAGAACUUGGCAGACUAGCACAUUCCACAGCAAUUAUUGCUGACUUUCUUAGUUUUUUUUCUGGAGUUGGCUCCUUUUUUGCUUUAAGAGCAAUUCAAGGAAUACUUCGUCCAGGCUUUUUUCUUGAACUACUAUCUGUAUUGUUCUUAAUUUUUGUCGUUAUGGUUGUGCUCCGACCAGUAAUGCUUUUGUUUGUGAAAUUAACCCCUGAAGGGCAGCAGGUUAACCAAACUUGCAUUUAUGCAAUAAUAGUGGUGUUCUUGAUGAGUAUGAGGGUCAUUCCUGAAGGGUUUAACAAGUAUUCCCUCAUCGUGAUUUAUGUUCUUGGUCUGGCUGUCCCAAAAGGACCCCCUUUGGGAUCUGCUCUGGUGGAGAAAUUUGAGUGUAUAGCUUCAGGUUUGUUUCUGCCAAUAUUUGUCACAACAUGCUCCAUGAGAUUGCAGAGGUUGACUCCUAAUUUAAAGAACGAAAUGGUGAAGGAGCAUGUAGUUUUUGCUACAACGACUUUAUUGGUGAAAUUUUUGUCAUGUUUGGGGCCAUUGCUUUAUAAGAAAAUGCAUAAACGUGAUGCAUUAGCUGUUUCUCUCCUCUUAUGCUCCAAAGGUGUUAUUGAGCUAGCAGCCUACACCUUCAUGAGUGACGGAAAGAUGCUCUCUCCAGAAGUAUUCCAUGCAGGACUUAUGUUUGUCGUGUUCGGUGCAAGCAUUGUGCCUGUUUUGUUGAGACGAUUUUAUGAUCCUUCCCGGAAAUAUGCAGGUUAUCAAAUAAGGAGAAUUAUGGAUGCCAAACUUGAUGCAGAACUGCAAAUUGUUACUUGCAUUCAUGUUCCCAGCAAUGUCACAUCAGUCAUCAACAUGUUGAACAUCUCAUAUCCAACAACAGAAACCCCUCUAGCUAUUAAUGUGCUUCACCUUGUCAAGCUUAGUGGGCUUGCAACCCCAAUUUUUCUUUCCCAUCAAAAGAGAAGCAAAAGGCUCACUGGUUAUUCGUACUCUGAAAAUGUCAUUCUUUCUUUCAAGAAAUUUGAGGGAAAUCAUUUUGGGGCUGUUACAUCGAAUGCCUUCACAGCUAUCUGUCCACCAGAGUUUAUGCAUGAUGAUAUCUGUACUCUUGCACUUGACAAGCUUGCCUCUCUUAUCGUCCUCCCAUUUCAUCGAACAUGGUACAUCGAUGGCACACUCGAAUCCGAAGACCAUACCAUCAGGAAUCUAAACCUUAGAGUCCUAGAAAAAGCCCCUUGUUCUGUAGGAAUCCUCAUCGAUCAUGGCAAUAUAAGGCGACCCAUUCACUCAGAUGCACGGGCAGAAUCAUACUCCAAUGUAGCUAUGCUAUUCUUCGGUGGCAAUGAUGACCGCGAGGCGUUGACACUAGCCAAAAGAAUGGCUCGGAACAAGAAAGUCAGGCUUACAGUAGCACAAUUCAUUUCCAAGAGUGAUGAGGGCGAAGUAGACUGGGAAAAAAUUCUUGAUUCCGAGGUUCUCAGAGAUGCUAAGUGCAGUGAAUAUAUCAACUAUAUUAAGCAUGUAGUAAACGAUGGACGCGGAACAGUUAACGUUGUUCAUUCCAUGGUGAAUGAAUUUGAUCUCAUCAUUGUUGGGAGAAGAUACAACAUUGAAGAUCCACAGACUUCAGGACUCAAAGAAUGGAGUGAAUUUCCAGAGAUUGGAGUCAUGGGAGACUUGCUUGCUUCAAAAGAUUUAACUGGGAAAUGUUCAGUCUUGGUUGUGCAGCAACAACACAAAACUUAA